AUGUUUUCGUUAUUUUUUGGAUUUGUUCUCCUGCCUCUUCUCAUUUCCUCACCAUGCCUCUCUGCUAGAACAACUCCAAUCUACCAAGAUAGAACCUUACCCGCUAAAAAUUACACCUACAAAUGGCAAAAUUUUGAAAAAUUCCUAGAUGCCAGCAGAGGAAGCCAAGUUAGUGACAUGUCCGAGCUCAAGAAAUAUUUCCAUCAUUUUGGCUAUCUGAAGGUUGAAGAAGAAAUGAACUUCACCGAUUUAUUCGAUGAAAAAUUUGAGCUAGCCGUGAAUAAAUACCAAGCAAAGUUAGGCCUUCCGGUUACAGGUAAGCUAGACUCCAAAACAAUUGAUCAAAUCAUGUCACCUAGGUGUGGCGUAAGAGACGUGCCUAAAAUGUUGCACGCAACGAGGCAUUAUGCAUUUUUCGGAGGCCAGCCGAGGUGGGAUCGGAGCAUACCGAUGACUCUAACUUAUGCAUUUUCUCCUGUGAAUUUGAUCACUUCUUUGAGCCUGCAAGAUAUAAGGGAUGCUUGCAAACGUGCCUUUGGACAUUGGGCAUCAGUUAUUCCCGUGACAUUCGUGGAAACGGAUGAUUACGGUUUUGCAGACAUCAAAAUAGGGUUUUACAGGGGUGAUCACGGAGAUGAGGAGGCUUUUGAUGGAGUGCUUGGGAUUUUGGGUCAUGCAUUUUCACCAGAGAGCGGGAGAUUUCACCUUGAUGCAGCUGAGACAUGGGCUGUGGAUUUUCAAGUGGAGAAGUCGGACGAGGCGAUUGACUUGGAGUCCGUGGCUACGCAUGAAAUUGGGCAUUUGUUAGGGUUGGCACACACUUCAGUUAAGGAAGCUGUUAUGUACCCAAGUUUGAAGCCCAGAGAAAAGAAGAUUGACUUGAAGCUUGAUGAUAUUAGGGGGAUACAAGCUCUUUAUGGUUCGAAUCCUAAUUUCAGUAUUCAGAAUUUGUCAGAAUCCGAUCUAUCCUCAAACUAUGCAGUUGAUUUAAGAAUUGGUUCCUUGUCAACUUGGUGUGUCUUGCUUCUGGGACUGGUGUCAUUCUUGUGUCUUUAACUGGGCACCACUGUUCUCACUACCGUGAUUAGUUAGUUUACACAACCAAAAAACAUUAGGGAAAAAGGAAAAGCCAAAGGGAUAUUGAAAGUUAAUGUAGAACGCCCAUUGAAAAUAUUUGUUUGGAUUGCUUAAUUUGAGGUAGUGAUCAGCUAAUCGAUUAAUAGCUGAUAUGUCAGCUUCAACUUUUUGACAUUUAUGUAUUUUUUUU